AUGGAUUACGACGAUACUCGUCUAGUGGUUGGAAUAGAUUUUGGAACAACUUAUUCAGGAUUUGCAUAUGCCAAUAAAAUAAAUCCAGAAAUCAUAACGAACGACACAUGGCCGGAUCAAAUUGGUCAAUUGAAAACUAAUACGGUCCUUCAAUAUGAUGAAAAUUUUUAUCAGGUUGAAGCAUGGGGAUGUCCGGCAUUAGCAAAACGUCAGAAAAGGAGGGACCGCAGCAAUCCACCUAAACCUAUCGAAUUAUUUAAAUUACAUUUAGGUGAUAUACCCAAAGAAAAUAAACCCGUUUUACCUCCCGGCUUAAGUUAUAAAAGGGCCAUUACGGAUUAUCUUCGCGAAAUAGGUGAUUUAAAUUUAAUUGUCCAAUAUAAUAUAUUUUUUUUGUUGUAUGUUAACAUCAUUUCUUUUUUAUACGGUUUUACGUUAAUAGGCAAGCUUAUAAAAGAUACCGUUACAACAAGAUGGCCGAAUAUCAAAUUUAUGUCUCAAGUUAAAAUUGUUAUAACGGUUCCUGCGGAAUUUUCCGAAAAAUCCAAGAGUAUUAUGAGGGAAUGUUUAUUUAACGCAGGAUUAAUUAGCGACCUUCACACCGUUCGUUUACAAUUCACAACUGAACCCGAAGCUGCUGCGAUUUAUUGUAUGAGAACUUUAGCAGAGCAUUUUGACAAUCCUGUAGGAACAUCAUUCUUGAUCGUGGAUUGUGGCGGUGGCACGGUGGAUUUAACGAGACGCAAAGUGGUUAGCGAAAAUAAAUUAGGAGAAAUAACGGAACGGACGGGAGGUUUUUGUGGUAGCGCGUACGUGGAUCAAGAAUUUAUAAAAUUCCUUGAAACCAAAGUAGGAGAAAGUGCAAUAGAAUUAUUAAGAAAGAAUAAUUACAAUCAAUUUCAAUAUCUUGUACAAGAAUUUUGUAAACAUGUUAAAUUAUUAUUUAGUGGAGAAAAAUCAACUUACAAACCUUAUGAAUUGGAUUUAGAUGAAGCAUGUCCAGUCUUAAAACAAUAUGUUAUGGGAUCAUUUAAAGAUAAUUUAGAAGAGGAAGAUUGGCUCAUCGAGUUAACUUAUAAGAAUGUUAAAGAUAUGUUUGAUCCGAUUAUAAGCAAAGUUCUUUCUCUGAUAAAAGAGCAACUUGGUUCUAGUAAAGAUAGAUGUACCGCCAUGUUUUUAGUCGGAGGUUUUAGUGAAUCAAAAUAUUUACAAUUAAAAGUCAAACAAGAAUUUAAAAGUCAAGUGCCCAUCAUUUCUGUACCAAGGCAACCGAUGGCUGCUAUUGUACGCGGUGCCGUUGAUUAUGGUCUUAACACUAAAAUUAUCAAAUCACGUGUAUUGAAGUAUACUUAUGGCACAAAAACUUCUCCUCUUUGGACUUCUGCUGAUCCUCAAACUCGUAAAAGGCCUGAUGGAAGAAUCUUUAAAUUCUUUACUUUGGCAGAAAAAGGAAAACACGUCGAUGUUGAUGAAGUAGUUUCUCAUAGUUUUAGCGUUGCACGGCCAGAGCAAACAAGCAUGGAUAUGGACAUUUAUGUAACGAGGAACGGAUCUGCAAAAUAUUGUGACGAAGAUGGCGUAGAUUUACUUGGUAAUUUCAGUGUAGCGAUGCCAGAACUUGGUAUAAAGAGAUCAGUCUUGUAUACGCUUCGAUUCGGUGAAAUGGAAAUCAGAGCCACGGCAAAGAACAAACAAACUGGCAAAGAAUAUCAUACUUCUUUCAAACUAGAAUUUGAUUAA